AGUCAUCACUGAUCUCCCCACACGGCCGCUGCCGCUCUCACUUUCUUCUUCACACGGGGGGACGCGCCGCUCCGUCCCUGACCCGUCCACUUCGAAACAUUUCGAAAUCUCCAACCCCGACCGCCCGACGCCUCGAAACUUUUCCCGCCCGGAGCCUCCAAACCCUAGCCCCAUCUCCGGCCGGCGACGCCUCCCCGGCGGCCGGCGAGAUGCACAUCAAGGAGGUAACACUCGAGGGGUUCAAGUCGUACGCGGGGCGGACGGUGGUGUCGGGGUUCGACCCGCUGUUCAACGCCAUCACCGGGCUCAACGGCUCCGGCAAGUCCAACAUCCUCGACUCCAUCUGCUUCGUGCUCGGCAUCACCGACCUCCGCCAGGUCCGCGCCGCCUCGCUCCAGGAGCUCGUCUAUAAGCAGGGUCAGGCGGGGGUCACCAAGGCCACCGUCUCCAUCGUCUUCGACAACUCCGACCGCUCCCGCUCCCCGCUCGGCUAUGAGGACUCGCCCGAGAUCACCGUCACGCGCCAGAUUGUAGUUGGUGGACGGAACAAAUACCUUAUCAAUGGCCAUCUUGCCCAACCUUCCCGGGUGCAGACCCUUUUCCACUCAGUGCAGCUUAAUGUAAACAAUCCUCAUUUUCUAAUUAUGCAAGGGCGCAUAACAAAAGUGCUCAACAUGAAGCCUCCAGAAAUUUUGUCCAUGUUAGAAGAGGCAGCGGGAACACGAAUGUAUGAAAUGAAGAAAGAAUCUGCUCUUAAGACACUUGAGAAGAAACAGAACAAAGUUGAUGAGAUUAAUAAACUCCUUGAUGCUGAAAUCCUUCCUGCACUAGAGAAGCUUAGGAAAGAGCGGUGCCAGUACAUGAAAUGGGCCAAUGGCAAUGCUGAACUGGAUCGGCUCAAAAGGUUCUGUAUCUCCUAUGAGUUUGUUCAGGCGGAGAGAGUGCGAGAUGGUGCACUCAAUGAUGUCAAAAAAAUCAGGGCAAAGAUUCUUGAGCUGGAUGAAAAUACAGAAAAGCUAAAAGCAGAUAUACAGGAAAUGUACAAGAACAUUUCUACCCUGGCUGCUGAAAAGGAAGCUAAACUUGGUGGUGAGAUGAAGGUUUUGUCAGAGAAAGUAGAUAAACUAUCACAUGCACUUAUUAAGGAAACUUCUGUGAUGAAUAAUCAAGAGGAAACCUUGAAGUCCGAGGAAGAGGGAGCUGAGAAGAUUCUCAAAAACAUUGAAGACAUUAAAAGAUCUAUGAUCGAGAGAGAUGCUGCUGUAAAAGACUUAGAGGAUGGGGCGUCUGACAUGAAAAGGAAAGCGGAGGAUCUGACAAAGAAGUUAGACGAGAAUGAGAAAGAAUAUCAGGGUGUGCUAGCAGGAAAAAGUAACGCAAACGAGAAGAAAUGCCUCGAAGAUCAACUUAGGGAUGCUAAAGCUGCAGUUGGAGAUGCAGAAUCUGGAUUAAAGCAGCUGAAUACAAAAAUAAGUCAUUCUGAAAAGGAGCUUAAGGAGAAGAAAGCUCUUUUAGUAUCCAAGCGUGAUGAGGCUACUGCUGCUGAGAAUGAACUGAAAGCAAGGACAAAAGACUUGGAAGCUAUCAAGACAUCCAUGGGAUCUAUCAAUUAUGAUGAGGGCCAGAUGGAAGCUUUGCAAAAGGACCGGUCUACAGAGUUGGAAAUGGUUCAGAAUUUGAAAGACCGUGUUCGUAAGCUUUCAGGUGAGCUUGCUAAUGUUCACUUCAGCUAUCGAGACCCUGAAAGGAAUUUUGACAGAUCAAAAGUCAAAGGGGUUGUUGCACGUCUUAUUAGAAUAAAGAAUAGCUCAGCAGCAACAGCACUGGAGGUUGCUGCAGGUGGAAGGCUGUUCAAUGUGGUUGUUGACACAGAGGAGACUGGGAAGAAAUUAUUGAAAAAUGGGGAUCUCCAGAGCAGAGUAACCAUCAUACCUUUGAACAAAAUCCAAACAUACACGAUACCUGAUAGAGUUCAGCAGGCGGCUCGUAGACUGGUUGGUCCUGACAAUGUAACAUUAGCUCUAGAAUUGGUUGGAUAUGGCGAGGAAGUAAAGAAUGCUGUGUCUUAUGUAUUUGGCUCAACAUUCGUGUGUCGCAAUUCGGAGGCAGCAAAAGAGGUUGCAUUUAAUAGGGAAGUUGCCAGUACUAGUGUGACUCUUGAAGGUGACACUUAUCAGCCUAGUGGCCUUUUGACCGGAGGCAGUAAAGGAGGUAGAGGGAAUUUGCUACGGAAACUUGAUGAAUUGGCUAAAGCUGAGGCUGAUCUAUCCAAUCAUGAGAAAAGGCUCUCUGUCAUUGAACAACAGAUUGGAGCCCUUUUACCAUUGCAGAAAAGGUACACUGAGUUGAAAUCUCAGUUUGAACUCAAGUCAUAUGAUCUCUCAUUAUUUCAUAAAAGAGUUGAGCAAAAUGAACAUCACAAGUUAGGUGAACUCGUAAAGAAAAUUGAACAAGAGAUUCAAGAAUCAAAACAAGAGUUGACAGAAAAGCAAGUGCAGUAUGAAAAAUGUGUAUCAAUGGUUUCAGAGUUGGAACAAACGAUCAGGACUUAUGGCACUGAGCGUGAAGGCAGACUCAAAGCACUGGAAAAAACGAUCAAAUCAUUGAAAUCGGAGAUGCAGUCCAUGUCAAAGCAAUUAAAGGCUCAUGAAAGUGAGAGGGAGAGGCUGAUCAUGGAGAAAGAUGCAGUUGUUAAUGAGCUUGCUAAUCUAGAAGAGCAGUUAUCAACUUCAAAAGCUCAAAUUACCUCUCAGUCUGAAACAUUGGAAAAACAAAAGGACAAGGUUGCUUCCAUAAAGCAAGAUUAUGAUCAAGCUGAAGGUGAGCUCAAUGUUGGGCGUUCGAAACUGAAUGAAUGUGACUCACAGAUAAACCACAUGGCCAAGGAACAGCAGAAACUUCAACAGCAAUUGAGUGAUUCAAAUGUUGAAAGGAAGAAAAUGGAAAAUGAGGUUAAGAGGAUGGAGAUAGAGCAGAAGGAUUGCUCUUCAAUAGUUGAUAAGCUAGUGGAGAAGUAUAGUUGGAUUUCAACUGAGAAACAGUUGUUUGGAAAAAGUGGUACAGAUUAUGAUUUUGAAUCUUGUGAACCACAUAAAGCCCGAGAGGAAUUAGAAAAUCUUCAAGCUCAACAAUCCAGUCUUGAGAAAAGGGUCAAUAAGAAAGUUAUGGCUAUGUUUGAGAAGGCAGAGGAUGAGUACAACGACUUGAUGUCAAAGAAAAACAUCAUCGAGAAUGACAAGGCAAAAAUCAAGAAAGUGAUAGAAGAGUUGGAUGAGAAGAAGAAGGAAACCUUGAAAGUCACAUGGCUCAAAGUAAACAAGGAUUUUGGAUCUAUAUUCAGUACUCUUCUACCUGGUACAAUGGCAAAACUUGAUCCUCCAGAAGGUGGUACUUUCUUGGAUGGUCUUGAAGUUCGUGUAGCAUUUGGGACAGUUUGGAAGCAGUCUCUAUCUGAACUUAGUGGAGGGCAACGGUCCCUUCUUGCUCUUAGUCUUAUCCUGGCACUGCUUCUUUUCAAACCUGCACCACUUUACAUAUUGGAUGAGGUUGAUGCUGCCCUUGAUCUGAGCCAUACGCAAAACAUUGGUAGAAUGAUCAAGGCUCACUUUCCGCACUCACAGUUCAUAGUUGUCUCACUUAAAGAGGGUAUGUUCAACAACGCCAACGUAAUAUUCCGGACAAAAUUUGUUGAUGGUGUGUCCACUGUGACGCGAACAGUGCCUUCGAAACAGAGAUGACCAAUUUAUUAUAGCCAUGCUUCUUCUGUAGAUUGCCAGGUGGUUUGCUGCACCCUAACUUUGAGAUAGUAGUGCUUGGCGCUGUGGCCGCAAAAUGUCUCAAGCAGUCAAGCUCCUCGCUUGUCUGCUUUGGAUCCUCUUCCCAAAUUAGGUGCUAUAACUGUAAUCCCGUGCCGUUACGUUAAUGACCUCGUAUGUACUUUAAUCUGCCCUAAUGUGUAAUUAGUGGUUGAACAAUUUCGUUUUGAAGAUUGAACACCUAUAUUGGCAUAAUGUGUAGCAAGUAAUGUAGUGCCAUGCUUUGUUCCCUUCACGAGGGUUUUUUUUUUUGUGAAAACUAGAUCAAGAGGUUAUUUGUUCCGAUAUAUUGUCUCUUCAUUACAAUGUGAAUUGCGUCGACCGCAUCCUUGCGCGAUCUGACGGCUGAGAGCAAGGCUGUGACGUGGUUCUGCGUUUACAGUCAGAUGACAGCGGUGCGAAUAUUCCCCAGUAAUCUAUUGAUCUUUAACCGUUCCUUUCCCUGUAUAAAAGGCUUGAUCAGGCUGUACGGUGUAGCCUUCUCUGGUAAAUUUUGAUGUCCCCAAAUUACUCGUCCUCUUCCAAGUUCCAUCCUCUUUGCCUUGCCUCCACCAUAGAAACCAAGCCAUGGAGAUGUUGCACUUGUACAGUUGUACCCCGAGGAGAUGGCCUCGACGUGCCACGUCGAGGCUUCCAGCGGCUCGCACGUCUUCAAAAUCGCAGGCUACUCGCUGACCCAUGGCAUGGGCGUCGGCCGCUGCCCUUCAGUCCAGUCAAGCGCGUUCACCGUCGCGGGUCACGACUGGGCCGUCGUGUUCUACCCGGACGGCCACGGCGUCAACGGGAACGCCGAACACGUCUCGGUGUUCGUCACGCUUCUGAGAGACACGACGGCAAGCCCGGAGGACAAGGACGGCGGCGCCGUCCGCGCACACAUCGACUUGGGCCUGGUCGACCAGCCGCGCAGUCCGCCGGUGAUCAAGGAGUCGCGGCUCUCCUACGGUCCUACCAGCUUCGUGUCCCAGGGCGACUCCGCGGGCUACGCCAGGUUCAUGUCCAAGGUGGAGGUGGGCUCGUCGGGGCUCGUCCACGGCGACUGCCUCGCCGUGCGCCGCAUGGUGCGCGUGAGGGAGGGCGACGUGGCCGGGACCAUCGCCGCCGUGCCGCAUGCCAGCGUGCUGACCAGCGCGUACCGGCACUUGACCACGAAGACGUGGCCGGCGCUGCGGCAGCGGUUCGGCACGCCGGAGGGGCUCGCCUUUCUGCUGGAGCUCUUGCUCAACUGCUCAAGUGCCUGAUGGUCUACGUCAACGGACGGCUGCGCCAAGAAGAGGAGGAGGAGGACGACGACGACGACUGCAGACGUAAGGCCAGAUGCCGCCGCUGUUGCUGUAAAGAUGAAAGGAAUUAGUUGUCCUUAGUUAGAUUUUCCUUUAGUUUUGCUUUUGAUGACCCGGAAUCAGUGAAUCACAGGUUUAGACAGCGCCAGAUUUUUGAAGGAGAAGUAAAAUAACAUUACUGGAGUUUUAGUUA